AUGUUUAGUCUUAUUAUUUCUUUUUCUUUUUUUAGUAUCCAGGGUGAAAACAUCGGAAUCCCUGGCCCCAUGCUGUUCCACUUGCAUUACUUGAAGCCCUACAGGCGUCACCGACGGGUGGUGACGAGGACAUUGUUGCUGCUCGCAGCUUUCAUCCUGUUGUUUUAUUUGAGCUUAUCAGGUGUCCUCGAACGUCUGCGAGAGACGCCAUACUCUGACUACUCUUAUCCUCCAGAAAUCGAUCUCAAAUACCUGCUGCGGUCGCUCAAGACGGGCAGAGAACCCGCGGCCUACAGAGUUCAGAAUCACUACGAGCGGUACGUCUUCAAGAUCAGCAACGAACUCAAGUGUCAUGUUUCACAAAACCGGACGUCCAUACUGAUCGUCGUCAAGUCUGCCGUAGCCCACCAGUCACUUCGAGACUCGAUCCGCCAGACCUGGGGACAAGAGUACCGCUUCAAGGACGUAGACCUCCGACGUGUGUUUAUGGUUGGUGUGAAAGCCAACGAUGAAACCGCACAGAGCGCCUUGGACGACGAGCAUGCCCACCACGGUGACCUCGUACAGGCGGACUUCGUCGACACCUACUACAACAACACCAUCAAGAUGAUGCUCUCCUUCCGUUGGGUCCUGGAGCACUGCACUGACGUCCAGUGGAUAUUUUUCGCUGACGAUGACUAUUACGUGUCCGCAAAGAACCUCGUCCAAUUCCUCCAAGACUCAAUGAACCCGAGAGAUCGGCACUUGGUGGGCUACGUCUACGACGAAGCGGCGCCGUACAGGGCCUACUUGAACAAGUGGUACGUGUCCUCGUCCGAAUACCCCUUCAACCGGUACCCUCCGUUUCCGGUAGGUGGUUCGAUCGUGAUGUCGAUGCCUGCGCUUAUCGAGCUCUACCAUAUGGCCCGGUACACGCGACAGUUUCGUCUAGACGACGUCUUUCUGGGCAUCGUUGCAAGAAAGGUUGGACUGCGGCCAAUGCACAGUGACAAGUUUCGUGACAAGAACCAGCCCAAGUUGCCCGAAGACUUUGUCGGCAUUGUGGCUGCUCAUGGGGUUUAUGACAAAUACCACAUGGUUCAAAUCUGGGAACAACAGAAACGCUUAGGACACGCGUGA